GUAACAUAAGCUCUUAGAAGACCAAGAUUUUUUGUCAGUGACGUUUUCAACAAGUACAUGAUUAUGUAUUUAUGGGUGCUUCUAGCACAGUGAUGGACACAUGAGAAAAAAUUCAAUAUAGUAUUGAACUCUAAGGUACCUCCUGACGCUUGAUAUGUUACAUAUUCUCAGUAUAUUCCCCAUCAAUUGAUUAUACUAUUUGCCUAAUAUAUGAAGAUGGAUUAGUCUUCAAAGCACUUUUUAAAGAAUUGUAGCUCAGGCUGUUGUCAUCAGCCUCUGAGGUUUCAGGCUCUUGGCAAUGAAGGUCAGAGUGCAGACCUGAGACCACUCCUCACCGACUUCAGACUCCAGUUUAUCUGUGCCUGGCUUCCUCACUUUGUCUCAUAAGACUUAGGCUGAGGCCCCAGGAGGAGAUCUCCAUCCUUUGUCCAAAGCAGAACAGGGUGGCCAUGUCCCAGGAAUCACUGAUCCACGUAUUUGUGGAUUUUACCCUGGAAGAGUGGCAGCAACUGGAUUCUGCCCAAAAGAACCUCUGCAGGGAUCUCAUGCUUGAGAACAACAGCCACCUGGUGUCCGUGGGGCAUCUAGUUGCCAAGUCAGAUGUGAUCUUCAGGUUGGGACCAGAAGAAGAGUCCUGGAUGGCACAUGGAGGGAUCCUGGUAACGACUUGUGCAGAAGUCUGGCAAGUUGAUGAGCAGAUAGAUUGCUGCAAGAAAGGCCAAGAUAAACUUCUGUGGCAAGCUGCAUUCAUAGGCAAGGAAACACAGAAGGAUGAAAGUGGUUAAGAAUGUUAAGAAUGCAGAACAUGUAGAAAAGCAUUUAUCUCAGCACAGACUUUGAUUCUGUAAGACAAAAACUCCCUAAAUAUUACUCAUGGGAAAAUGCAUUCCAAACAUAAACUUUCUUAGUCAAAAUAGAAGCUGUGAAAGAAAGAAAGAUGAUGGAUGUAAGGCAUAUUGGAAAGUAUGCCUCCAUUCUAAUCCUCAUAAAACUCAACUUGCAGAGAAAUUUUUUGACCCUAACCAAAGAGGGAAAGUCCUUUACCAAAAGCCAGCCCUUAAUAAAAGUCAGAGAAGUCAAACUGGGGAGAAACUCUAUGAAUGUACCGAAUGUGAAAAAGUGUUUAUCCAGAAAGCAAACAGUUGUAUAUCAAAGAACUCACACCAGAGAGAAACCUUAUGAAUGCUGUGAAUGUGCAAAAGGCUUCAGCUAGAAGUCAGUCAUCGUAGCAUACCAGAGAACUCACACAUAGAAGAAGCUCUACGAAUGCAGUGAGUGUGGAAAAACCUUUAUCCAGAAGGCACCAAUUAUUAAACGUAAGAAAAUUCACAUGGAGAGAGACCCUAUAAAUGCAGUGUCUAUGAGAAAGCUUUCAAUAGUAAGUCAGCUCUCAUUAAACAUCAGAUAAUUCACAUGGGAGAAACCUUACAAAUGUAAUGA